UUUUCCAAUGCUACAUAUAUAAACGCAGAAAGCCAAUCCCAGUUCUAUUUUCCUCUCGUUUGCCUAAAAAUUACGUUACCUAAUUGAAAUCUCACUCGGUUGAUCUCCGAUUGUACAAUUGCACACUUCUCUUCGACGAGUUCUUCGGGUUUUUAAUCAGAUCUGACGGUUUUUGAUUAGCGGACUGAGAAUUACUGGCUUUGAUGCGUUUUUUGUUAACGUAAUGGUGAAUUUAAGUUGAAUUUUGGAAUACAAGGGAUUCUAACGUAGUUUAUGUGUAAAAAUGGACGGGACUCUGGGAUCAGGAGCUGUGUUAAAGAAGAAAAGUUCAUCAGGGUGUUUAAUUAUUAAAAAGAAAAUUGAAAAUAACAAUUUAGGUGGAUUGGUGGGUUUGAAUUAUAGUAAAGAAAAAGAGAGGCCUAGAUUAGUUGUCAGUGAUUCGGGUUCGAGUGAUGAGAACCAGUCAUUAGAAUUUAUGAGAAGAAAAGUGAAUGAAAAGAAAUUUCGGAAUGGUACGUUGGAGGGUAGGAAGAGGGGGCUGGAAGACAGAGAGUAUUAUAGGAACAGUGGCGGGAUGGAGAGUAGUGGUGAGAGGAAAAGAAAUAGGUUGGAUUUGUUUGAGUUUGAUGAGUAUGAUGAUUACGAAGAGUUUGAUGGGAAGAAGAUGAGGAAUGAGUAUGUUCAGGACAGGUUUAAGAUGGCUGGGCGAAGUAGUGGUGGGGAUUUGAAGGAAGUUGGGGGAGUGUCGUCAAGUCGGAAUGUGAUGGUGGAUAAGCGGAGUCAUGGUUCAUAUUUUGGCAGUUCUAUUUCUGGGAAGAGUAAAGGAUUUGAGUACAGUGGUGGAAGGAGUAAGGGGCUUAAGUUGGAGGAGGACGAAGGACAUAUGACAAUUUCAUCGUUAAGGUCAAAAUAUCAGGGGGUGGUGGAUGAGCCAAUUAGGCUGCAGGGGAAGAAUGGAGUGUUGAAGGUUAUGGUGAAUAAGAAGAAAAAGAUGGAUUUGCCUUCUCAGCAUAAGAAUUAUGAACCUCAUGAAGUUAAACAAAGAAAGGAUUCUAGGUCUGGAAAUGUUGUUGAGGAGGAUUUAUUGGGAAGAUCAUUUUGUUCGACUUCAAAACAACAUAAAAAUGGUUUAUUUGUUGACAAAGAGAAAAGGGUUGAGAAGGAGAAAUUGGACCUGCAACUGGAAACGGCAAAACCAUUUAUGAGCAAAGGGAAAAAAGAUAGAGAUUCACAGGUUGAGAUUGAUACAUCGGUCGAACUGGAGCAGCCAGAUCCGCAUGCUGGAAGCUCAAAGAAGAUGGUGAAGAAGAAGGAAGAAAGAACUCCCCCUCCCCAAAAAGCCACACCAUCUAAAGGGAAAGAAGAGAAAAUGAAGCGUGGUGGGAGCACAGAAAAGCAAAUGCUGCGUGAGAAGAUAAGGGAAAUGCUAGUUGAUGCUGGCUGGACAAUUGAUUAUAGACCUCGGCGGAACAGAGACUACCUGGAUGCUGUCUACAUUAACCCGAGUGGAACAGCCUACUGGUCAAUAAUUAAGGCUUAUGAUGCGCUCAAGAAACAGUUGGAUGAAGACAAUGAGAAAAGUAAAUCUGAUGUUGGCUCUUCCUUGUUUGCUUCUUUAUCUGAAGAUCUAAUAAAUAAGCUUACAAGACAAACUAAAAAGAAGAUUGAGAAAGAAAUGAAAAGGAAGAGAAAAGAAGAUCGCACUAAUAAGAGUGCUAAGAAAUCUGAUGUGAAAGAGACUGCAGAGAGCUCAGACAGUGAUCAGAAUGAUGAAGUGGAAGAAGAGAAGGGGGAUGAUUCAUGUGAUGAUUUACCCAGAAGGAAGCCCAAGAAAGACAGAUUUGAAAAAACUUCCAAUAAAACAAAUUGUAAAGGUAUACAAGGUAGAACAAGUAAGAUAAUUGGGAGAUGCACUCUGCUUGUUCGCAGCUCUAACAGAGGACAAAACUCGGAAUCUGAUGGUUAUGUUACUUAUGCUGGAAAAAGAACUGUGUUGGCUUGGUUGAUCGACUCUGGUAUUGCACAGUUAAGUGAAAAGGUACAGUAUAUGAAUCGUAGACGGACACGUGUGAUGUUAGAAGGCUGGAUCACAAGGGAUGGGAUCCACUGCGGAUGCUGUAGUAAAAUCCUUACAGUUUCAAAGUUUGAGCUCCAUGCUGGCAGCAAGUUGCGUCAGCCAUUUCAGAACAUACUUUUGGAGUCUGGGGCCUCUCUUUUGCAGUGCCAAAUAGAUGCCUGGAAUAGGCAAGAGGAGUCCGUGCGCAAAGAUUUUCACAUUGUAGAUGUUGAUGGUGAUGAUCCAGAUGAUGAUACAUGUGGUCUUUGUGGUGAUGGAGGGGAUUUGAUCUGUUGUGAUAGUUGUCCAUCAACUUUCCACCAGAGCUGUUUGGGAAUACAGGCGCUCCCCCCAGGUGAUUGGCACUGCCCCAAGUGUACAUGCAAAUUUUGUGGGGAUGUUAGUGGAAAUGUUGCUGAAGAAAAUGAAAGGACUGUCGAGCUUAUCAGAUGCAUCCUCUGUGAAAAGAAAUAUCACAAAUCAUGCAGUGAGCUGGUGCAUGCUGUGCCUGUGAGUUCACACGGUGAAUCUCAUUCUUUUUGUGGCAAUAAGUGCCAAGAGCUCUAUGAUCAUUUGCAAAAGAUUGUUGGAAUCAAACAUGAACUGGAAGCAGGAUUUUCAUGGUCUCUUAUUCAGCGAACAGAUGUUUCUGAUACCUUGCACCGUGGAUUUCCUCAAAGGGUGGAAUGCAAUUCUAAGCUAGCUGUUGCGUUAUCGAUUAUGGAUGAGUGUUUUUUGCCCAUCAUUGACAGGAGGAGUGGCAUCAAUAUAAUUCGUAAUGUUGUCUAUAGUUGUGGAUCAAACUUUAAUCGUAUGGAUUUUCAUGGCUUCUAUACGGCAAUUUUGGAGCGAGGUGAUGAAAUAGUUUCUGCUGCAUCUGUCAGGAUCCAUGGGAACUGUCUUGCUGAGAUGCCAUUUAUUGGGACGCGCGAGAUCUACAGGCGCCAAGGAAUGUGCCGGCGGCUUUUGUCUGCUAUUGAAUCGACUCUAUGCUCUCUUAAAGUCGAGAAAUUGAUUAUCCCUGCCAUAUCAGAGCAUAUGAGCACAUGGACUAUAGUGUUUGGUUUCCAUCAACUUGAGGACGCACACAAGAAAGAAAUGAAGUCCCUGAAUAUGUUGGUCUUUCCAGGGACAGAUAUGUUGCAGAAGCAGUUAUUGAAGCGAGAAAUUUCAGAUGGUAUUAAGGAUGUUAAAUCAGAAGAGAAUCAACAUCAGUCGAAUGUUUUGGUAGAGAAAUCUUAUAUUGAUUCUACUAUGGAGCAUAAUAUACAGGUUAGUGAUGAUCCUGGGGUUUGUGAAGAGAGAAAGAUUCAUGAAAAAGUUGAUGCCAUGGAUUCCGAUUCCCCAGCAUCAGUUAUUCCUUCAAAUGAUAAUAGCGCGCCUAGUGCAUCAGAUGCUACUCAUAAAUCUGACACCAGCAAGGUAGGGACUGUAAUCAAGUCUGAGACGGAGGAAAAGCUAAAAGAUUCCCCGGCUAGCUUGAAGUGCCCAUCUAACUCGUCUAGAAGUCCACACUUCUCUGAGAUGGAAAAUCCCUUGCUAGAACUUCCUCUCAAGGAUAAUUCUGAAUCUUCUGAGGCGGCCGUCAUGGAUCAUGAGUGCAAAAUAAGUUCUAAAGUUCCUUGUCUGGAAUCCAUUGUUGAUCCUUCAGGCGAAACUUCAAAAAUGGCUGAGGCGGCUGCUGAAAAUAUGAACCCUGUCUCUGUUUCUGGUAUUUGCUGUACUGAUAAGUGCACCAUGCAAUCCAAGCCAGGAUGGGAUGAUCACAAUGUGGUUGAGAACGAAAGCAAGGUAGAAGCUGCUUCAAAGGUUUAUUUGGAAGUAGAAGAUGCUAGAAUUCAGAUUGAUAGAAGCUCCACAGUCGAGUUUUCUGAUGAGGCUGCCGUCCCUGAAGUAAAUGUAAAAGAUGGUUGUAUUGAAACAUGUGCACAGAGUACUACAGAGAAAGUCAAUGGAGAACAGAGUUCUGCCGAUCGGUUUAGUGCACUUGACAAUGAAAUUGAACUUCAUUCAUCUGUAGAACUUCCCUCUGAUUCUGUUGCUGCUGCUGAUGCAGAAGUCGCUCUCGUUAACGGUAAUAUAUCUUCCUUACCUUUUAAGGAAACCAAUAACAAAUAUGACUUGGCGGUCUCUUGUACUGAGGAAAACGUUGAAGUUAGUGGUGUGGAACCAGCUUUUGGUUCUUCUCUUGCCAUUUCUACACGGGCUGCUAAUGGGAAUAGCAUGGACAAUCAAGAUCCUGCAUCUUUUUUAACUAUUGAAGGUAGUUGUGAAAGUACCAUGAGAUUGAACCCGGACUUGAAUCAGGAGGCUGUCCUUGAUGUGGGACGUGACCAAGAAGUUCAGAGGAAAGUUAUCGAUCCCACUGAAACUGACAAUUCUAGUGAAAAGAGCAGGAUGAAUGAUCCACAAGAACUUGAAGAAAAAGUUUCUUGUGUGAAUUCUUCUUGGGAAGCCCUGGCUCGAAAUGCAGCAUCCAGUGACAAUUGUUCAUAAUCUAGCAAGGUUGGAAACAGUCUAAUUAAACUUUUAUCUCGCGAUUUGGAUGAGAUACGAAUGCGACAGUCUGAGGUAAGGGUUACAAAUAAAGAUGUAUUCGAGCUGAUGCACAUGUUCCACGUGUCUCUGUCAGGUCACUAUCGUUGAGUGAUAUGUAAUCAUGUAAGAGAAAUGUUGAACAGUUGCCUAAAUUGUAGUGGUUAGGCAAUAAAUCUGUUACCUUUCAUAACUUGUGUAUUGUAUUUUCAGGAGAUACUAUUAUUUCAUCAAUUGAAACGAUAAUUAAACCAGCGUGUGCUGUGAGUAAAACCUGCUGAUUUUGGAAUAUAUUUUUUCGUGUUCGAUCUUGAACACCUUAUUCUA